GCUUCUGUGCAUCUGCUCACUCCCUGCUUGUCAUCAGAUCUGGCUCCUCAAGUGAGACUCUGUACAUCAGCGUGGUACCGUAUUUGAUUGCAAAAGACGUCUAUAUAGAAUUGUUGCAGAGACUUUGAGCGAUGCAGGUCCAUCUUUCCAGCAAGUCCUUCUUGGGCGCCUCAGUGCAAUGCAAGGCCAACCGUCAGCAGCCUGCAGCGAGGAGAAGUCACCGUGUUGUCGCUGAGGCAGCCACGCAGACCCUGAAAAAGAACAAGGUCCCUGCAGAGCUGGAGAAGGGUGACCUGCCAAUGAACACCUUCAACAACAAGAAGCCUUUCAAGGCAACCGUCAAGUCAGUGGAGCGCAUCGUGGGUCCCAAGGCUACUGGAGAGACAUGCCACAUCGUGAUUGAGACCAGGGGAGAGAUCCCAUACUGGGAGGGCCAGUCAUAUGGUGUCAUUCCUCCGGGCACAAAAAUCAACUCGAAGGGCAAGGAGGUCCCCCACGGUACUAGGUUAUACUCCAUUGCGGCCACUCGUUACGGAGACACUUUCGACGGCAAGACAACAUCCUUGUGCGUUCGUCGUGCCGAGUACUGGUGCCCAGAGAUGAAGGCCAAUGACCCUGCCAAGAAGGGCAUCUGCUCCAACUUCCUCUGCGAUGCCAAGCCAGGCGAUGAGAUCACCAUGACUGGACCCACCGGCAAGAUUCUGCUGCUGCCCGAAGACAAAAACGCGGCCAUCAUCAUGGUGGCGACCGGGACAGGGAUCGCCCCCUACCGCGCAUUCUGGCGGCGUUUCUUCCUGGAGGAGAUCGAAGGCUACAAGUACACCGGCCUCGCCUGGCUCUUCAUGGGCGUCGCAAACUCAGACGCCAAGCUCUACGACGACGAGCUGCAGGCCAUCCUCAAGGCCCACCCAGACCAGUUCCGGGUGGACUAUGCCCUUUCCAGGGAGCAGACCAACAAGAACGGAGGCAAGAUGUACAUCCAGGACAAGGUGGAGGAGUACUCUGACGAGGUGUUUGACCUGCUGGACAAUGGCGCACACAUCUACUUCUGCGGCCUCAAGGGCAUGAUGCCUGGCAUCCAGGAGAUGUUGGAGCGCGUGGCGUCGGAGAAGGGCAUGGUGUGGGAGGAGUUCUUCCAGAAGCUCAAGAAGAACAACCAGUGGCACGUCGAGGUGUACUGAGCGCCCGGCUAACGCCGGCAGCCGCCUGCGGCUUCCGCCAGCUUCCCAGCCGGCCGCUCGCGCGAGGCAGACCAUUGCUGUGUAGCGAGCAACAGAGUCUGCUCUUCACUGCGGGGGAGCAGCCUAGCAGCAGCAUCAUCUCCAGCCAAGAGCUGCCAACCUUGAGAUGACACUUGUUCUACAGACGGAGCAGACGCUUGAUCAGUGCCUCUUCAAGCGGGGGACGAAUGCCGAAGAAGCUUGCACAGGGCGUCAAUAUGGCGGAGCAGAAGAUCGACGCAGGGAAGUCUGCAGAGAGGUCUGCAUGCAGACUGUGGUCAUCUAGCAAGUCUGACAGCAGGUGUAGGAGCAAGGUUUUUGGUAAGAAUGGAACGGCAUUAUUUGGGUGUGUGAGAACACUCCAAAGGAGCCUUGUGAGCGUUUGAGGCUGUCAGAAGGGUCUAGACUGGUCCCCAAGUCUCUAAAGAAUUAUAUACCGCGGUAAUUACAAGUCUUGAAGUCAACUGUUUGAAGGUUGGUUCCGUUUGCGACAAAUCUAAUAGUGACAUGCUCUUAUAGUGACAGCUCUGUAAAAAGUCAAAGGUCAUACUCUGUGCGGUUCUCACUGCCUAGACCUCUGGCGCUGCAGAGUCCUAAGAUUUCUGAAACGGGUGUGCAGUGAUCAUUACUAGUCUUCUGACAAAGUAUUGUGCUUGGAAGUCAUGAGCCAAUGUGCCUAUACAAAUACAUGCAAAUGUCCUGCUGCUAGGAGACAACAACAACUAAGACGCCGAGGUGGAUACAGGUGCACAAUCCGACACAAUACCCGCGCGCAAUCCCUGCAGCAACAAACCCGUCUUCUGCAAAACGCCUAACAAGCAAACCUGCUCAGAGAGCCCCUUGCUCAAGAGAUCUACACACACCACCACCACCAAAUCAAACCCUCCUUGCACAGGCUCACCAGCCCACCUUGCAAGCCCAAGAAACCACAGAGCAAUUGCAAUGGUUUCCUUGGAAAGAAUAUCAGUUGGGGCAUUCGCCGGCCCGCUGCUUAGAGGGACUGGGCCAGCUUUGCCUGUCCCAGAAAUCCCCAGGAGCCUUAUCCAUGCUGUGCCCAUCAUCGAGUGGAUUUGUGUGUCCUGCUGUGGUCUGAGGGGCAGACGCGCUCCUCACUGCUGCAGCCU